GGUGGGCAUCAGGAGAGAGAAGAGGCUUUUAAUGAUUUGAUUUGUGGUGAUAUUUUUGACGGCACGGCUCCCUUUUUUGCACGAUGUUUCAGCAUCCAGUGUUUUUCCAAGACGUGGUCCAGAUGCAGUGCAGUAUGAAGGAGGAGUGUGAAGAAGUCAGUCUCUCGGAGUGCGGAGUUAGUGGAGUUAAUGGAGUUAAAACGGAGGAGUCCGAGACCAGCAUAGACGACACGGAUGGGAUUGAAGUGCACGUGAAAGAUGAACCAGAAGAGCAAACUUUGUCUGAGGAAACACCACAGUAUGCAGAGUUUGGUGAAGAAAUAACUAAUCAGAGCUUUCAGAGUAUCAUCUUUUCAGCAAACUUCAGCAGUAACCAAGAGAAGCACACCGACAUAAAGUGUUACCCCUGUCCUCAUUGUGAGAAAAGUUUCUCUCGACCACAGUUUUUAAAAACUCACCUAAGAACACACACUGGAGAGAAGCCUUACCUCUGCUCAGAGUGUGGGAAGAGCUUUUCCCAUCAGGCUUCAUUAACAGGUCAUCUGAGAACACAUACAGGAGAGAAGCCUUAUCAGUGCUCUCAGUGUGGAAAGAGUUUUUCCCUUUCAGGCUCAUUAAAAUUACAUGAAAGAAUACAUACCGGAGAGAAGCCGUACCAUUGCUUCCAGUGUGGGAAGAGUUUUUCUAGACAGGAGUUUCUGAAAAAACAUCAAAGAAUGCAUUCAGGAGAGAAGCCGUUUUCUUGUGGUGAGUGUGGGAAACGAUUCUCACAUCCGAGCUCGUUGAAAGAUCACGAGGGACUACACACUGGAGAGAAGCCGUAUAGCUGUUCUGACUGCGGAAGGAAAUUUUCUCAUCCCAGCUCGCUAAAGGUUCACGAGAGGAUACAUACAGGAGAGAAGCCGUACCACUGCACCCAGUGCGGCAAGAGUUUUUCUCAUCUUCCGUCACUGAAAAUUCAUGUUAGAAUUCAUACUGGUGAGAAGCCUUACCCGUGCUCUCUAUGUGGAAAAAGUUUCUCUCAUGCGGGCUUACUGAAAAGUCACCAGAGGAUGCACACAGGAGAGAAGCCUUACCACUGCACUCAGUGUGGGAAGAGCUUUUCACAGUCAAGUGCUUUAAAAGUUCACCAGAGAAUACAUACUGGAGAGAAGCCUUAUCAGUGCUCUCAAUGUGAGAAGAGCUUUUCUCAUCCAGGUUCUUUAAAAGUUCAUGAGAGGAAACAUACUGGAGAGAGGCCCUUCGAGUGUGAUCAGUGUGGGAAGAGUUUUCUCAGGUCAGGGUACUUAAAAGAACAUCAGAAAAGACAUGAGGCAGUGAAACAAAAGAUUUCUAUCUAAAGACAGGUUCUUCAUACAACUUGUAGAAACAUUUAUUUAUAAUCGUCUUGUCUGAAGCCAUUUUUUGAAGAAUUGAGUUUGCUUGUGGACUGUGUGUCAAUUAGAACUGGGUCCUAAAGCAUUCAAAAUAAUUGACAGCAAUAAUGUAUAUUGAAGGCUCGUUUCUCUGCUUAGAUUUUACAUUUUUGUCUUCAUAAUCACUAACAUAAACACUAAAUUAUGAAUUGUGUCUUCUAUCAUAAUGUAAUGAAUAACAUUAUGAAAGUGUGUCUAAAAAAAUCUACCUUUUAUUUUUCAAAUGCUGCUGUGUUAAUGUUUUCAUUAACUAGUCACUCUAGGGAUCAGGUAACGUAAUGACUGUGUCUGUCAAGUAACAAAAUAUUACUUUAUUAGAAAAUAAAAGAUCAAAUUCUAUUAGUUUCUAAAUAGUGGGCUUGAAAACAUGUUAGAUAUACAACAGACUUCUGAAAAAAUUGGAAACAAAUAAACAUAGAUGAAAAAAUACAAAGGCAGGGAGUGUGGUCAGGCACUGGUAUUGGGCAAUAAGGCCUGUCUCGCAGUUCACUGUAAAGAUUUUGAGGUCAGAGCUCUGUGCGGGCCAGUCAAGUUCUUCCACACCAAACUUUGACAAACCAUGCCUCACUUUGUGUAUGGGGGCACUGUUAUACUGAAACAGGAAAGGACCUUCUCCAAACUGCUGCCAGAAUGGCAUUGUAUGCUGUAGCAUUAAGAUUUCAACUUAACUAGAACUAGAAGGGGCUCAAACCAUAUAGAACACCCAGACCAUUAUCCCCCCUCCACCAAACUUUACAGUUGCCACUAUGUGUUUGGUCAGUUAACAUUCUUCUGGCAUCAAACACAGAUUCAUCCGCCAAAAUGCCAGAUCACUUUAGAGAGUAUGUUUUCACUGCUCCAGUGGUGGUGUGCAUUGUAGCUGAUGCUGAUGCUAGCUGAUGCUUGGAACUGCGCACGGUGAGCUUAGGUUUGUGUGCAGCUGCUCAGCCAUGGAAACCCAAUCAGUGAAGUUCCCAAUUAACAGUACUUUGCUGAUGUUGCUUCGAGGCAGUCUAAAAAUCAGUAGUGAGCGUUGCUACUGAAGACAGAUGGUUUUUGAGCACCUUAGUAUGUGUUAGUUGUGUUCUGUGAGCUUGUGUAGCCCACAGCUUACGGUGAUGAACCGACUUAUUGGAAAAAUGGCAUCCUACGACAGUGCCAUGUUGAAAGCCACUAAACUCUUCAGCACCACCCAUUCAACUUCCAGUGCUUGUCUAUGGAGACUGCAUGACUGUAAACUUGAUUUUGUACGGCUGUUAGCAAUCAGUGUGGCUAAAAUAGCCGAAUCCACUAAUUAGAUGGAGUGUCCACAUACUUUUGGCCAUGUGGUGUAGCUAGUUGAUUCAACAAAUGUGUGUAGAUACAUACAAGCUUUGUCUGCUUUCCUAAGAACAAAUGAGAGGUUCACAUAUUGGACUGUGUUUUAGAAAUAGAAAAUGACAUUGUCCAUUCACUGAGAGCUGAUCAUAGCCUACUGUCGGUUCUUCCCAAUCCCCCGUUCCAGACACUAACUGUAAGGUUGGAGAAGUUAAUGUCCUGAGUGUUCUGUUAUCAGUGCAUGUAAAUAGUAACUAUCUAGAAAUUUAACAUCCUUCCUUUAAAAUAUUGGGUAUAACUGACCCUUAAACUGGCAGCAUUUGUUGGCAUCUUCUUAUUACAAGUAAUGACUUUUCAAGGAAACUGGAGCAGAACUGAGACUAUUUUUGUAUGUUAAGAAGGGCUGAGACUUCGAAAAAAAUUUGAUACAAAUGAGAGAAAGGGGACACAGGUGGUUGGUUAUGAUUUUGCUUUGAAGCGGAAGGUGGUUCAUGAGGUAAAUGACCCCAAAAUCCAAAACUCUAGUAACAUUUUCUGGCAACAGUGUCAGAAUAAACAGUGAAGCUGUCUGUUCCUUAUUGAAUGAAGAAGAACUGUGUGAAAAAGUAAGAAAUCAAGGACCCAGAAGAGUCAAAAUGAUUCGGUGAAAACAAAAUAAGAAACCUGUGAUCUGAAUAAGCCAACACAGAGGAAAUAUGUUCUCCAAUCUUAGUCCUUUGUUCAACCCUAUGUAAGCAGUGCAUAAUGGCAUAAUGGUUAAUUUGGAUACUGAAACAUUAAUAAAGAAAACAUUUGUCAGUAAUUAUGUUACUUUUUUUAAUGUAAUUUUCAUUUGCCAUCGAGGGUUGUCCUAAUUAUUCACCUGAUUGUAUAUAUUGUACUGCUGUCAGUACUGCUGUGAUGUGAAGAUUGCAGCAUUUCAUUAACGUGGUGUUUAAGUGUUCAUUAUAAAGGGGGUCAGAGUCUCAAUGUGGCCUAUAGGGCACAUGCAUAACCAACAUAAUGUUUAGUUCUCUGAAAAGUAUCCAUGUUGUAUUUAUUUAUUGUAUUCUACAUAUCUGUACAUUUAACAAAGUUUGUAUGUAGUGUUCUGUUUAGUAGAUGCUUAAAAAAUAAUACUUUUAUAUGUGAAUCAAUAGCUCUAGACUUUGUUUGCAUAUGAUACAGGGCUCUGCUACAAAGGAGCUUCUGGCCUCUUUUGAGCCUCUAUAGAUAGACAGAUAAAUGUUGGUAAAUGUCACUCCAUUAAAUUGAUUUUGUCUCUGGUUUUGAGUUAUUGUGCUUUGUUUAUUUUUUGAUUCAUAAAAAUAAAAUAAAUUAAUAAAAUAACCUUUAUCUCUGUU